GACGACAUGGCGAUAGCAACUGAGACUUUCGAGCGAAUAUGAGUGUGAACACGUAGCAAGUCGCAGAUGACUCGGGAUGGCGUCCUUAUUGAAAAAUCAAAUUUUGAAACAUCUAUCUAAAUUCUGUAAGAACCUAUCAACAGACAAGAUCAGUCUGAGCACGCUGAAGGGAGAAGGUGAGCUGUGUAACCUGGAACUGGAUGAGAACAUUAUCACCGAGCUGCUCGACCUCCCCACCUGGCUCAAGAUCUCACGCGCGUCAUGCAACAAGGUCUCCAUCAAGAUACAAUGGACAAAGUUGAAAUCCCAGCCCAUCUAUUUGAUGCUGGAUAAGGUGCAGUUGGAGGCAGAGACAUGUGAGACGCCACGCCCACCCAAUAACCCCGCCCACCUGGCCAGCUAUAGGUCGGGCGGGAAGUACGGGUUUGUGGACCGGGUGAUAGACGGGAUAUUUGUCCAUGUGGAGUCGGUGGAGGUGAAGCUGAUGUCCCGCGCCUUCCACGCCUCGUUACAGCUCCUGAGACUCCGGGUUCAGAGCACGACUCCCAACUGGCAGCCAUCAUCGGACCUGCGCCAGACACGCAUCCGAGAUGCUGAAGGCGGGGAAAUUCUGCUCUUCAAGGAAAUAGAGUGGCAGAACAUGAAGAUCGAGGCCAACGCCAUGGAGUCUGAAAUACCACAGGAUGUCGCAUCCACGCCGCUACGUCUCCUUGCCAACCAGGCGAAGAUCAGGAUCACCAUGAAGAAGAAACUAAGUGAUUGUAGCAUCAUAUCAACGCGGGUGAUGUUGCUGCUGGAUGACAUACUGUGGGUGUUGACGGCGUCGCAGCUGAAGGCCGCCAUCUUGUAUUCCAACUCCUUGAAAGAGGUCAUCGAGAGAUCUGCUCAGCAGAGCAAAAAGGUGGCUUCUGAGAAGUUACAGAAACAAGGACAUAGCCGAACACAGUCUGAUCAAUAUCGACAGCAACAACAGCAGCAACAACAGCCCACAGCUCUAACCAGGGGAUCAGCAUUUGUCAAGUAUGAUGUUGCAUCGACAUCGUACCAUUUGAUAACAAGCCGUAUCGACCUGCAUCUCUGUGAUGAUAGACCAGUAGAUACAGGGUUCGAGGGAGAGAAGACCUGGAAGACAGAGGGCGGCUCCAUGCAGGUCACAAUGUACAAGCUGUCGGUAGACGUCUACCCCUUCCAUCCUGCAGACUGUGAUUUGAUCAUGACUCGGGGUGGGGAAAGGAAGCACUGGCAUCGCUACAUGGACAACGUCGGCUCUCGUAACCCUUGGGUACUGCAGCUGUUUAGUUCCUUCCGCGACGAGGUGAUGCAGGCUCGGAAAGCCUUCAACAUUCAGUCCCCUACCCAUUCCCAGAAGCCCUCCCCCCAGCACCCCUUCCCUUCCCCUCAACAUGUAUCUUCAUCCCCACACCCCUCCCCACUCCCCUCCCCAGCCAAACCCAUGCCCAGCCCUACAGCUCCAGGGUCAAGGUCACCUCAAGUUGCAGGGUCAAGGUCGCCCCAAGUGUCCCCAAGCCAUCGUCCGAAGAAGAGUACCCGUCUGUUGGAGAGUUGUGUUGUUGUCAAGCUGGAGGAUUUCACAAUCUACAUGGUGUCCACACCGGACAACAAGAGAACAGGACACCCGAAGUUCUUUGCGUCGGACAAGAAGCUUCUCCAUCUGCCGGCAGACAUGUCUGUUCUUCAUCUGGAGUACACAGACUACUUUUUCCCUGAAGGGCUGGAGUCUCCAGUUCCGCAUGCCAACCUGUAUAUUCUGCUGAACCCAGUGAGGCUCACCCUGGACUUUCUAACCCUGCUCUGGACCAACUACUUCAUGCUCAGUCUCUCACAGAAUCUGGAACUGGAUGAUCAGACUUCUGCCCGGAAAGAACAUGUGGACAUCAAGGUGGAGGCCGUCAUGCCCCGGGUCAUCAUUCCAAAUGAGUUCCGAAGUGAAGGUCAGUCAGAGCGCCCCGAGUUUCUCCAGCUCCAGAUGUCCAAGAUAUGUGCCACAAAUACCCGUGUUGAGUUGAAGGCCGAGAGAUCCGACCUGGCUAAGAUAUUGGACGUCUACCAGAAGGAGCAACUCCUUCAGUCCAAAGGGUUCCCGCGGGACAAUUCCACAACUGCCAUCCCACCUCAUUUCCGUGCCCAUGCUGAUGGCAGAGACAACCAGUACUUUGAUAAGGGUGUGAAACAGAAGCUGAUGGAAUUGACAAACCCGGAGUUCCUCGGUGGAUCUGUUCCAGUCCAUGAGUUGUCCACCAAUACUCUGAAGCGGGAUGCAGGAUGUGAUAUGUGGUGUGUCCUCAUUGAUCAGGUGUGGCUGGAGUUCCUCUUGUCCCUCAGCUCCAAGAGUCGACCACAACCUUUCGUUGAAGCAUUCCCUUUGGCCCUGUGGAUAUGUCAGCCACACAGUCUAGAGAAAUCCAACUGUGCCAAAGACUCCUUUAAAGAUUUUAAAUCCAACAAUCGUGGUCACAAAGACGUAAAUGAAAUCAGGCCUGAUGAAGGAGAUCGAGACAAACGUCCUCAGAGGCUUCUCCUGAAACAAUACUACAGCUGUGAUUCUGAUGAUGAAGGUCAAGCUAAAGGUGACGAAGGGGAGACAACUAAGGAUCAACCUAUCUGUGAUAAUGACAAAGAGAAACCAGAAGUGAAUGCCAAUAACUUAAAAGAAGAUGUGCAAUAUUCUGACUGCCAUGUCGUGGCAUCUGUCGGAGCCAAAUUACGAAUUCAGCUGAAUCACCUUCAGUAUGUUCUUCUUAUGCGUCUCAACGAGUCUUUUACCAAAUUCCAAACACAGAUGAGCACUGACCUCUCAAGUCUGGGAUCCAGGGAUUCUAUGAGUGUGUGUGUCCCCCUGGUGUUGCCCCAGAUCGAGUUUGCUGCUGUGUGUCCCUGUCUGAUCAACCAGCGGUGUUUCCCGGACGACUUCUCCAGCCCCGUUUCUCCCUUGGACAAGCUGUCCCAUCUGACCAUGCCUGCAAGCAAAGAGUAUCCUUAUGGAGACUACCCUCGCAUUGAGUUUACAGAGUCUGACAUGAACCUGCCAAGUGACGUCCCAAUCAGUCCCAACAUGAUGAUCACCAAGUCCAUGAGCGACUCCACCAUCCAAUCUCACUCCAAUGGGAUGCUGAGUCACUCCGAAAGCACCUCCGACUUUGAGAGGAAGUCUUCCUCAGGCAACCCCCAGCCCCCACCUCUGCAGCGGACAGCCAUCUCCGCCCUCGCCAUCUCCGGCACCAACAAUGAUGAUGAGGACUCCACCGUCUCCUCUCGCUCCUACGGCGUGGAUUCCGGCAUUAGCAUGGACAGCCGACGCAGCACGGGAGUACGUUACACAAAGCCACAGCCACAGAUGAAGAAGGCACUUUCUUCCGUUUCAUCUGCUUUUUCGAGUUUCACGGACAAGCUGAAACUAAAGUCUGACGAUGACAUGUUGUCGGUUUCGGAUGACCUUGAGACAAUGUCAAUAAAAACAGACAUGUCAUCUGAUGAUGAGUUUGAACAUCUGACGUUUGAGGAUUCAGAGGUGCCGGCAUUCUGUCAUGAUCCCCCCUCGGAUACUGCAUCCACUACCGACACCUACAGCGACGUGGCUGAUGACUCCUCCAGCGUCUACGCAGAGAGCUCAUCUACACGGGGAAAGGAGAUUAUAUCUAUAGUGCUGUUCAAGCUGGACACGGUGGAGGCGUUGAUGACCAGUAGUGACAAGGGGAUGACCGUGGCGGCACAGGUGUCGAAACUCCUCACCUGCCAGCCAGGCAACAUCAGCGCUGAGGACUUCCACACAAAGUUCUCCAGUCAGAAAGGAUUCUUUCAAGACAACACCCUGUCUCCGAGUCACCCGAAGACGUUUCCAUACACCAUGCAGUACCGAGCCGACACAACGACAACUCCAAACACUGCUCUUCUCACUGUGAGGAGCCAUGACUCCAGCCUCAGUUUCAAAAUGUCCAGUCUCUUGUCGCUAUCGGAGUUCAUCGAGGAUGAGAAGACGUCUGAGCCGAUACCGAUGUUGGUGGACGUCGACAACCUACUCCUCAUUCUAGAGGAGGACCGGCCAUCCAGCAACCCCGUGUCACCAGGAGCGAUGCCCAUCGACAUGCAGAUACACAAGCUGACGAUCAGGAGGGGGUCAGAUGGCGUCUUCCACUUAUCAGGAGGGUCAAUAGAGUCAGCACCCCUGGGAAUGCAGUCACCUCAGCCGAUAGCAGCACUCAAGGGAAAUAACUCUCCAUCUCACAUAUCUGAUACAUCGCCAGGCAGAGAAUCAGAAGAAACGUCCACUCCUGUGUUACACCUGGAACAAUUUCGACAGGUGCAGAUGGACAACAUGGAGCUGCGUCGACAAAUACAGGAGUACCAAGCACUGCAGAAGACAACGGACAAACACCUCGCCCAGUUGAGAGCAGGCAUGGAGUUCAUGGAGAAACUCACCAGUGAAAAUGAAGCUUUGAAACAGAAACUAUCUGAACGUGAUCUCAGCAAGGCAGAGGUAUCAUCGAAUACGUACGAGAUGGAGAACUUGCAGCUGCAGCAGAAGGUGACGCGUCUGGAAGAAGAGAUCGUCAACAUGGCGUGUGAGCGGGAUUCGCUGUUUGCCACUCUCAAACUGCUACAAGAUGAUCUCAUGGCCUCCGAGAAACGACAUCGAAGCCACACGACAGCGUCAUAGUUAUGUGUAUCUUGUAUGAAUGAGGUCUAGAUGAUGGUUGAACUUGUGAGUCUGAGCUUGGAUGACACAGCGUGUCUGAUUAUGUUCAUGUGGAUAUUACACCAGAAGUUGUAAGAUAGAAUCUGAUGAUAUCAGAUGUUUACCAUAAGGGUUACAUUAUGAUAACAUUACAAUCUACAGCUUAGAGAACAGUGAAACUUCCCCGCUCGUCAAUCCCAGCGAAAAUUCUUGUUGAAACUGUCGUCUAAUAUUGUCAUGUCAAAAUAUUCAAAGCGAUUUAAAGCGAUAUAUUCAUUAGACUAACCAAUGUGUACGAGAAGACGAUGCUUCACUGUGUAUGAAAUAUGAAAUAGUCUGUGCCUUUAAUCAAAAGGCUGAAUCAGGCCCGGCCUUGUUUUUCUGAAAUAGUAAAAUAUAUGUGACAUAAUGGCAGAACUGUAGGUCAGUAGUGUUAAGAUUUGGGGCACAGACUGUUUUGAGAAUUAGACUACUGUAUGUUAUAAUAGAAAUCACAUAUUCAUUAAUCAGUAGGUACGCAUCACGAUACGUACAAUACUUACCAGUGUAUCCCAUCGUUAGCUACAUAUCACGAUACAUAAAAUACUGGUAUCAUAUCGGUAGGUACGUAUCACGAUACAUUACAACACUGUAUCAUUAGAGUAGUCAAGUAUCCAUGUAGAAGAUUUGUCCAGAAUUUGUUCAUCCGAGCUGCCAUAGAUCACCAGAUAUCUGCUUUCUCGAAAUCAGGAGAGACAUCCAAAAUGUUCCGAAUAUUCCGAAGUCAGUAGUGGAGAACGAUUGCUGUGAUUCAGGUUUAUCUUUCAACAUCAGCAUCAGGUGGUUUGCAGGUAUUCGCGGCAUCUGUAACGGGAGUAGCAUAGGUGAUUUAACAGUGCAAUGAAAUAAAAUCUUCGCGACAGAUACGAUUCACAAGUGUGGUCUGUCAUCACAUCAAGGACACUGCUUCAUCAGCCAAUGAACAAUUUGUGAAGCCCAACUGAUAUAUUUUAGUUUUUUUACUUCAAGCAGCAAUUCCAUAGUCUGUCUCCCACUCAGCAGAUGGGUUUGUGGAAGAGUUGCCUGUGUAGGUCUAAGUACAGAAUAUCAACAAUGAGACAGUGAGAUAUCUUUUCAGGAGGAGUAUCAGUCAUGGAAUCUGUGAACCGUGAACUACAUUGACACUUCAUCCAGUCCCUGGUUUGGCAACAGUUCCACUGAAGCCCUCCUUGGCCUUUCCUCAAAAAACUGGCUUACCGUAUUCGACGUAAUAAGCGCCCGCUCUAAUAAGGUAUAGUUAGGUGGGAACUGUAUAUAGGAGGCCUGACUCAUUGGACUAUGUCGGUUAUCUUCAAAGGGCCUGUUGACACGACACUGCUCCAUCAGGAGAUAUUUGAUUGUUAUUAAGCAUUGAAAACUGUAUUUUUAUUAUAAUUGCCAGUCUUGUUUAAAAAAAUGUGCUAGAAAACAUUUCCACUGACCCAUUUACAAGUCAUGUUUUAAUUCCAUUGGAUUAAAUUAAAGUGUAAAAGUUCAUUCGUGGCUAAAUACUAUGUUUUUCUUCUUGAGGUGAAAAAUAAGAACAUAUUUAAGUUUUCCUAUUUACAAUGUGAGAUGAGCAUACUAUUUAGCCUCUACUGUAUAUAUUCUAUUUAUGAUCAAUUCUGUUUAGUAUCUAACAGUACACUGUUGAUGUAUUCUCAGUGUUCAGGUGGAUGACCACGAUGUCAUCAUUCAUCGUCUGAUGACAUCCUUGUUUCAGGAGUGAUGUCAUUUCAUUGCUAGGCUUAAACAAAUAAUAGAAUUGGUUCUCAGGCAAUGGUUUUGAAGUUAUUGUGCAGGUGGGCAGUGGUGUUUUUUGGGAGGUUGUUCAAGCUAGUUUGGCACCAAAUUUUGUUUACAAUAAUUUCGGGGAAAUCAUGUUGUUUUUAAGUAUUGUAUCAUAUAACUUCAGGGUCGUGUGUUCGAGACGCGGAAUAUUUAAUGUUUUGGGUUGGGUUUUUUAAAAUGGAAAUAAAAACAAAGCUUGCAGCAGAUUUUAUGAUGAUGUGGGCGUGCCUGAAAACCAAGACUAAUAUAUAUUUUUUUAGCCUUAGUGACCUUUGUUAUCAGUACUAGCUAGUGUGUGGUAAUGAGUGUAGCUGUUUGACAUGUCCCAUGUGAUUAAUACACCGGUAGAUUGUCCACACCACGAGACAAAUGGAUGUUCCACUUCACAGCUAUGCAAGUCUCAGUAGAAGAUGUAGGCAGUCAGGUAGUGUAACUUGUUUUAGUAAACUGGAAAUUCUUUGUGACUGCAGAAUUGAAAACUAUCAAAAUUUUGUUAGGAGAAUUGAGCAACUUUUGUCACUGGUGUCCUUCUGUUAUUAACGGAAAAGAGUUUGAAUUGUUUGAUAGGCAUAACUUAGACGUUGACAGAUGACAAAGUAGAGACAGUUGAUGGAUAACAACUUCUUUAUUUUACUGUAUGGCAACGUUUUGGUAGAGAUCGUUGUCAGGCAAGGUGAAGAGUUUGAAGUGUUUGAUAGGCAUUUUUUAGAAGUUUUCGGAUGACGAAGUAGACACAAGGUAUGGAUAACGACACCUUUAUUUUACUGUAAUGGCGAUGUGUCGGUGAAGAUCCUACCGUUUGGUGCUCAUCGUCAUGGUCCAAUGGUUAAGGCUCUGCAUUUCCAGCCCUCAGCAUGUUGGGUUUGAACCCUGAAUCACCUUGAUUAUGGUUCCUGGGUUUGCUGUGUGCUGUGUCUGAGUGGAAAUUCAUGUUCAACUGCAGCAUGGUGUCUCAGUGGGCUAGCACUAUAUUAAACAUCGGCGUAACUCCGGACUAGUUCAAGCAGCCACACACACACCUACAUGCCUGUCGCUAUGUAAGUGCAAUGAUUUUAAACGCGACAUUAAACCACAUUUAUCUCACCUCUGUGUAAAAGGUUGCUCAGUUUCCUAUAAAAGUUUUGAAAGAGUUUUUCAAUUCUGCAACGCUUGUGUUUUUUUCCCAUAUAGAAGUGUAUCGCGUCCUGCACAAUUGCCUCCCAUUAUUUACAGCUGUCAGUAUUGUCCAGCUGAUCGGAUCCUCAUGCUCAGAUUCAUAUCCCAGUGCCACGCCUCUUUUUUGUUGAAGUUUAAAUUAUGAUUUAUAUAUUUACUUUUUGUAUAGUCUUUACUUUUUGUCUGUAGCUAUAUGAUGCAUGUCUUCCCUUAAGGAACACUGACAUAAUUGUAUCUUUUUUAUUGAAGUGGGAGUGAAGGUUUUAGUGCCAUACAUGUGUAUCAGCGUAAUGUGUGUACCACCUUAUAAGUGUCUACGUUAUUGUUGAGUGGUUUGCCAUGGUAUUUACGGUAGUAUAAGUAAAAUGUGUAAAAGUUGAUGAAAUUGAAAACAGUAUAGCGUACUUGUAUACCACAUUUGUAGAAAUAAACAUCAUGGUACUUAAUUGUGUGGUAUAGGUGAGAUGUUUGUUGUGAGUACACUGUCUUGUAUGUAGAUCAGAUACCGUGAAUCAUGAAAUUAUUGCGUCACCAAAUUAGUAAUUGCCGAUCUCUAAUCAAAAGAAGUUAUAUAGGACCACCCGAUUCUUUCAUAUAACUAUAGUCUGUUAUGCAAUUACACAGGGUGGUUUUAACUCUGGUGUUAUGAAAGGAUCAAGAGGUCCUUGACUUCUUUUGUGUAGUAUGCAUGAUGAAAUUAAGGGUAAAAAUAUUAUGAUCUUGGUUCUCGGGCACCGCCCGCAUCAUCACAAAGUUUGCCGCACGUUUCGUUUUUAUUUCCUUUUUUGAAAAAAAAAAAAAAUUUCCUUAAAUAUUCUAAGUCAAACAGUAGUCAAAUACUGUAUUUUACUCAUCAAGGAAUACAUUUAUGUCGGGAGGCCCUUUCCCAGGUUGAUUGUACACAACUUUUUAUUUGGUUACACAACUUUUUAUUGGUUACAUACUAGUUUGAACAACAACCCCCUCCCCCACACACAAAAAAAGACACCGCCCGCCUACACUAUAUUUUCAAAAACCAUUGCCUGAGAACCAGUUCUUUUUUUUAUUUAGCCUAUUGUGUUUCCCUACCUUUGAAAUCUAGACCCUAGUCAGCAAGCAACAACACCAAGGCGGAUGUGAUAUGGUACAGUGUUAAGCAGUUUCAUAUCCCUCAUGCUCUUCACAAGCUCAACUUCACCCUCUUCAGUUGUGAUCAAGACAGGAUAUUCCAAAUGAGAUAGGUCAGGUCAAAGACUGUAGAAGGCUCCACGUGUUGUUAGCACAUGGUGUAUUCAUCAUAACUGCUGUUACUGUACAAGGCCCAGUUCUACAAAGCGAUCUUAGCGCUAAGUCGAUCGUAACACUGACUUACGACGGUUGUGGCACUAAGAUCGCUUUGUGGAACGGGGCCCUGGAAACAGCAGUCUAUGAAAAAACAACCAGAACUUGGCUGUUGGCAUCAAGUUUGGUACUGUUCAGUGUUAUGAACUUUUAGUGGAUAAAGUUGCACUCUGUUUUGUUUGUAAUUUUAUGAUUAUUUGACAAAGUUGCCCUGAACUAAGAUGCCUCCAUUAACGGUUGGUGAUGGUCAGAACAGUGUGAUCAAUUUGCAGCUUGUGUAAACAAACCGACCACACUUGACACUAAAUCAAGAACAUUGUUUAUUGGGAGAUUGGUAUGUAUGUCAUUGUGUCUGUGUACAGCGAACCUGACACGACUAUGAAUUCCAAUAAUUGAGAUAUAAAAUUAUGCCACUCUUGUCAUGGAGAACUUGCAUAUUUUUUAAUAAUUUCAUGCUCACGUUAAUUUCAUGAUUUACGGUAAUUAGUGAUAUGUGUUCUAGAUCACAGUGUAGAUGGUAAACUGAGCUCAUGUGAAUAUACUGUGAAAAUAUUGCCCAGGUUGUGGAGAUCACAGUGACCAUCUUGGUUGACGUGGAGGGCAGAUGGUUCUUCUGGACACAAAGACUCUAACCCUGGCAAUUUGUUGAACUGAGACAGUAGAGGUAUGUUGUUAGCAUCUCUGAACGUAAAACAUCAACACCAGUGAAUAAUGUCUUGAUUCUCUGACAAAACAGAUUUCACUGGCCAAAACAGGGGUGAAAAAUUAUACGAAUGGAUCACUGAAAGUCAGUUCAGACACCAGAUGUUAGCGUGAAGGGUGGAAUGAAUAGAGUGCUGCUGUUUCCUGGUUCUGGCAGACAAGACAGAUAGUUGAGAGGUAUACAGUACAUGUGACACAUGAUCUCCCUUGGGUGGAAAUUAGAACUGUGACAGUUAAAUUCAUCCAAAAAUGAAGAUUUAUUUGCAUAAUAUAUCUGAGAUGUUGAUAAUUUUAUUUUGUACGUUUCCCUGUAUUGUGUAUAGCAGCCCCUUCCUUUCCCAUGGACACAGCUAGCUGCUGUCAUAGAACAUCAAGUGUGAAUCCAAUCUGAUGCACAAUCGGAUUAACUUUACCUUUAGGAAAGUGCUUCAGAGUUAGUUGAAAAUCAUUGUUCGUUCUUGGCCGAUGCGACGUCAAAUUUGAACUCUCUCACUCACUCUCUGAAUAGAAAAUUUGUGAAAGAGUAAAGUUGUUAAUAUUUAUAUUAGCUUUUCAGACCGUCUCGCUUUCAUAUACACUGGCCCAGACUAUUUUUUUCUUGUAUCUGUACAAUAGACCAGUGUGAAAACGUGACUAGUGUUUCCUUGUACCUGAACAAUAGACCAUGUGAAAACGUGACUAGUGUUUCCUUGUACCUGUAAAAUAGACCAGUGUGUGAAAACUGAGUAGUGUUUCCUUGUACCUGUACGAUAGACCAUGUGAAAACCUGAGUAGUGUUUCCUUGUAUCUGUACAAUAGACCAGUGUGAAAACCUGAGUAGUGUUUCCAUGUACCUGUACAAUAGACCAGUGUGAAAACCUGAGUAGUGUUUCCUUGUACCUGUACAAUAGACCAGUGUGAAAACCUGAGUAGUGUUUCCAUGUAUCUGUACAAUAGACCAGCGUGAAAACCUGAGUAGUGUUUCCAUGUAUCUGUACAAUAGACCAGUGUGAAAACCUGAGUAGUGUUUCCAUGUAUCUGUACAAUAGACCAGUGUGAAAACCUGAGUAGUGUUUCC